CUGCUAGUGGAGCAGACGACAUAUAGAAUUCAAAUAGUGAAGUAAAAAGACAUUAUGCCGAAUAUAAUUAACGACGUAAAGCUCGACUUCAAAGACGUAUUGUUACGACCUAAAAGAAGCACUUUGCGAAGUCGUUCCGACGUUAAUUUGUUUCGCGAAAUAACUUUCAGAAACUCCAAACAGUCAUAUAAAGGCAUACCUCUUAUUGCCUCGAAUAUGGAUACGAUCGGCACAUUUGAAAUGGCAAAGGCGAUCUCGAAGCAUGGACUUUUUACGACAAUACAUAAGUACUACACUUUGGAACAAUGGAAAGAAUUUGCACAAAACAAUGCAGAAUGUCUUCCAUAUAUUGCUGCCAGUUCUGGAACCGGAGAAGAUGAUUUUGAACGCUUGAAACAAAUUUUAACAGAAAUACCUGCAGUGAGGUUCAUAUGUAUUGAUGUCGCCAAUGGCUAUUCUCAGCACUUUGUGGAAUAUGUGAGGAAAGUUAGAGCUGCAUUUCCUGCACACACAAUAAUUGCUGGUAAUGUAGUAACUGGAGAAAUGGUUGAGGAAUUGAUACUCUCAGGUGCUGAUGUUAUAAAAGUUGGCAUAGGUCCAGGAUCAGUGUGCACAACACGUAUAAAAACAGGUGUAGGCUAUCCUCAACUGAGUGCUGUAAUUGAAUGUGCUGAUGCUGCCCAUGGCUUGCAAGGGCAUAUAAUCUCUGAUGGAGGCUGCACUUGUCCAGGUGAUGUAGCAAAGGCAUUUGGUGCUGGAGCAGAUUUUGUAAUGAUGGGGGGAAUGUUUGCUGGCCAUGAUCAGUGUGGUGGUGAAACAAUUCAGCGAAAUGGGAAGAAAUACAAGCUUUUCUAUGGAAUGUCUUCUAGCACUGCAAUGGACAAACAUGCUGGAGGGGUAGCUGAAUACAGAGCAUCUGAAGGAAAAACAGUGGAAGUGCCAUACCGAGGAGAUGUGGAGUCAACGGUCUUAGACAUACUGGGUGGUUUGCGUUCUGCUUGUACCUACACAGGUGCUGCUAAACUAAAGGAAUUGCCUCGUCGAGCAACUUUUAUUCGUUGCACACAGCAAGUAAAUCAAGUGUAUGAUGGUGUAACUAAGGGUGACUAAUGUUCCUGAAAAUUAGGUCUAAAUUUUCAUUCCAUUGACAAACAAUUUGUGCCUUUGCUUCUUUGUAUGACACUGCUUGUGAAGCACCCUCCACUAAAACAAUGAGAGAGACAGAGACCACCUCUCAUUUGUCUCCCAUAAUCACUUGAACUAAGCACAAUUUGCUUAGCAAUUAUUUAUCUUAGAAGAAUAAAAUUCUACAAAUACUUACGUCUGCAGGAUUUCUCUAUGAAAAAUAUAGAUAUUGAUUAACUUUAUCAAUUAUGAUGUCUCAUCUAAACAUAUUAAAAUUUUAUUCUUGUUAAAGAUAGUCUGAUGUAGAAACCAAAAAAUACUUGAAAAUUUUCAGUCGGUUAAUACAAUUUUUGUUGAAUUAUCAUUGGUCUCCAUUGCUUAUCUUCCUCAAUUAGACUCAACUCUGUUAAUAAUAAUAAUAAUAAUAAUAAUAGAGCUGUAAAUUCUUAAUUAGCAAAGUACAUAAAGUACAGCUUCAAAUGCCUCUUCAAUCUGCAUGGGGGGGGGGGGGCUCCAUAUCCAGGUGCAGGAACUAUUCCAUUUAUUUUCUGUCACCCUUUUGCUGUGUUAAUGUUAGGGCUGCAGUUCAGCAGGCAGAUGGGGGUUGAGGGGGUGUGUCGAGUGGAGUGGGUAAAUGUAAGUGUAAAUCUGAAGUAUACCCAAUGGUGAAAUGACAACUAUUUUUGUGAUGCACCCUUCAUGUAGUAGACUACUUAUAAAUGAAGUAUAUUCAAAGAUCUGACUAGUGUUUCAGAUUUUUAUUUAUUUGUGGAAGAAGUCCUUGCGGUAUAACAACUCAAGACAAUAAAGGACAGUUUACAACAUUUCAACUCAGCUCAGAACCAUCACUUGUACGAGAGCUUACAGACACUAAUCUUGGCAUUUGUGACAGUGUUUAUCUGUAUGCAGAUUUGCUUAAGCCUUAUUAUUGUAAUAUUCCUUCUGCACUAUUUAUUCUCCAAAUACCUUUGGGCAAAAAAAAAAGGAAAAAAGAAAUUAAUGUAAGAUAUUGCUCUUUUUCAUUGUUAUUGAAC